AUGUGUUGCGCCCUACCAUGGGCAUCACGCAAGUUGCGGCAAUACAUGCUCUAUUUCACCACAUGGCUCAUUUCCCACAUGGAUCCCAUUAAGUACAUCUUUGAAAAGCCAGCUCUCACUAGGAAGAUCUCCCGUUGGCAAAUGUUCCUCUCCGAGUUCAACAUUGUAUUUGUGACCAGAAAGGCCAUCAAGGGCCAAGCCAUAGCCGACUACCUAGCGGAUCAACCGCUAAAUGAUCUAGAACUUUCAAAAUCCUUUUUCCUUAACGAGGAUGUCAUGGUACUAGAGCUAGAACCAGAAAAUGUGGAACUGUGGUGUUGGAAGCUUUAUUUUGAUGGAGUCGCCAAUUCUACCGGAAAUGGAGUGGAAGCAGUCUUAGUUUCUCCCAAGGGCCAGCAAAUCCCUGUGUUAGUCAAACUGAACUUCGGUUGCACCAACAACGUCACAGAAUACGAAGCAUGCAUAGUCGGCUUGCAAGUGGCCCUAGAGUUGCCUAUGACUUGA